AGUGCUGACUUAAGUUGUGUGCUAGUUGGCGGAAUUGGCUGUUUGAUGUGAGGAUGUGUGUGUGCAGGAGUAUGUAUGUUGAAGCAUGUUAAUAAAGGAUCUAAUGACUUUGGUCUGCUGACACACUGGACACCCCUGAAUGGGCCCUAAUAUACAAGUGCAUCAUGGGCUCCAGGAUAAAAGAAAACCCCGAAAAAACAUUCUACUGGUUCUUUCAAGCCUCAUGUCCAAUCGCCAGAGAUAAAGAUCCUGAUGUUCUGUUUCAGUUCCCUGAAGACUUUAAUGAUGAGGAGGCUCUGCAGUCUUUGCCUCGCUUCUGCUUCCCUUACGACAUAGAGAGGGUGAAGGACACUGUUGCUGUGCAGCACUUUACAUUCGUCUUGACCGAUCUGGAAGGAUGCCAGCGCUUCGGUUUCUGCAGACUCACAUCCAGCUCUCAGACCUGCUUAUGCAUCCUCAGUUAUUUGCCCUGGUUUGAGGUCUUCUACAAACUUCUGAACAAUCUGGCUGACUACUCAACGAAAGGACAGACCAAGGAGAUGAAAGAGCUGCUGUCGGUCCUCUACAAACACCCCGUGCCUCCGGCCAAUGGCUCCAUCACGCUGCAGAUGGGAGGGAAGCUAAUGAUUGGAAGUGAGAUGACUGGCAUCUGUGGACAUGCCCCUAAAGGGGAGGAGUCAGAGGGGAUCCCAUACUUUAUCGCACCAGAUCCCAAAGCCCUGCCCUCUAUUCCAGAAAGUAGGAACCUGACGGAGCUGGUGGUGGCGGUGGACGUGGGUAACCUAUUGCAGCUCUUCGCCAGCAUGUUGUUCGAGAGACGAAUUCUCAUUUACUGCAGCAAACUCAGCACUCUGACGGCCUGCAUACACGCAUGUAACGGGAUGCUGUACCCAAUGUACUGGCAGCACAUCUUCAUUCCAGUGCUGCCGCCUCAUCUGCUGGACUACUGCUGUGCACCGAUGCCGUACCUCAUCGGAAUUCACUCCAGCCUGGCAGAAAGAGUAAGGAGUCGCGCUCUGGAGGACGUGGUCAUACUGAACGUGGACACCAACACCCUGGAGUCGCCCCACGAGGACCUGAAAAAGAUCCCGGCCGAUGUGGUGGCGGGACUGAAGGUCAGGCUGAAGAGACAGGCAGCGUCGGCCGGGUCAGGGGUCGCGCACGCUUUCCUCCGAGCGCAGGCUCUGCUGUUCGGAGGAUACAGAGAUGCCUUACAGUCACCUGCCGAAGGGCCGGUCGUGUUCUCCAAUGAGUUGUUUCUGAGUCAUAAGUCUCAAAGCAUGCGGGAGUUUCUGGAGAGCGCGGUUCACCUGCAAUGCUUCAAAGAGUUUAUUGACGGCCGGCUGAAAAUGCUGAACCAGGGCAAAGAGCCAGAUGAUGUGUUUGACGAGGAGGUGCUUCAGUGUGGAGCUUCAUCCGGUAGCUCUAAAUUGCGUCGGCAAUUGGUGGGAAACUUAAAGAAAGGGGGUGGAGCCCUGAUUGUGACAUGGAAGUCUACAGCUAACAAAGCAACCAAAUAUCAUAGCAAAUUUGGGCUGAAAAACCUCCUGUCAUCAAAGGACCAAGCCGAACCUCAUAUGCUACAGAGGGGCGGGUCUGUGUGUGGAACGCACACGUAUCGCCUCAUCCAAUCAGAUUGCCUUCAGAACCGUCUACCAAUAACACAGCACUUCGGCAGGUCUCGACCACGGCGGCCGACACACAAGAAUCCCAGCUACCAGGGCAAUGAGGAACAGACAGAGGACGACAACACCGGCUAUGAGGACAGUGCAACAGAAGGCCCUGAGCAGUGCUCUGCCAGCAGCGACUUACAGGAAGAUGAUGAUCUGUCUCUGUUGGCCGACCCGGAGGAGAUGGACCUGCUCGGAGAGAUCUUUGACACACUGAGUGCCCAGAGCUCCAGAGAGCCGGGUUUACUGUACAGCACACGCAGCCUCGACCUCUUCAGCUCCGACAGCAGUGACUUCAUCUCUCAUAGGAGUUUGGCCAACCCAAGUCAGGAGAGUCUAAGUACCUCUUUUGGAAACAGUGGGAGUCUUGCGAGCUGGGAGGAGGACCUAGAGGAGGGGCCUGGUGAUGAGGGGGAGGAGCCUGCUGUCCUGACUGACAGUCCAGAAAAUGAGCUUAACGAAUUAGAGAAGGACUUGACAGAGCUAGGGGUAAAUCUGUGUUCAGAUCUACGAGCUCUAGAAGGGGCUUCACUGGAUCCUCAAGUGGGUUCUCAAGAGGUGCAAGAGGACAGCUGGUCGAAAAAUGAUAAACAAAUGAAUGGAACAAUGGAGGAAAGCUCGGAAACUGAGACAGUAAUUGAAGAGAGUACAGAGACACAACCUGACAAAGAAGAAGAAAGUCAGAAAGAGCAUAAGACGACAAAUGAUUUGGGCGCAAACGGACCUACAAAUGAAGGCAUCACCUCUGCUGUUUCUCUCAAUGUAAAGAUAGACACAAGAGAAGAGCCAGAUAAGAAGAGCGUUGAACCUCCAUCACCGAAAGUCUUGUCUACCGUAGCUCUGUUCCAGUCCAAGUCCUUGACUGACUCUUCUGGUUCCCGAGGGCGGGAUAAAUCUCUAAAAUCUCCCACAAGCACAGACAAAAUCACCGUGGGACCAAUGACGGGCCUGCAAACUGAAGAACAAAGUACAAAAUCGCCAAUUUCAUCAACUUCAGAAGAGCAAACUCAGGCCCCUAUUAAGGUCUCAGAGCUGAAGAAGAGAUUUGAACAUUAGACCAUCAUAAAUCAAGCAUAUUGAAGCAAAACAAUACUCAAGGACUAAAAAUGACUUCUUUUUUUUGAUUCUCAAUUACAAGUCUUCAUUUUGAUUUUUGUGAAGAAACAUUGCUCAAUGAGUCAAACAAGAUAAAAUUACUCUUUCUUGGAUUGAGGUUGAUGUUCCAUACUGAACUUUGUGUUUGUGGAAGGAAAUUGGUCUCAUGUAUCUGCUGGUUAAAACUCAACACCAACAUCAGUCAAUAAAGUCGAUUCAA